AUUCCACUACUACCGCCCAGGGUGGGAGUCUUCGAGUUUCGAUCACCCACGAACUUCCUUAGACGUUCGGUCUUCUCCUCGACACGUUCGUUGCUCGCGAAAGGUAUUCAGUACACUUGAAGUGGGGCGCUUCAAGUGAAACCAAACGCCCUGACUUAAAAUAGUCUCCAUCUCCGCUGUUACACAUCAGGAACCGGGACUUGAAUAUAUUAUAGCUUUCAAAAAGUUGCAUGGUGUUUUGAAUCAUGGCAAAUUUGCUGACGCUGGUCUUUAUACCAGGCGCAUGGCAUCUGCCCACGUGCUACAACAACGUCAUUCAGACAAUGGAGCAGAAACAUGGAGUACGAAGCCGUGUUGUCACAUUGAAUUCAGCAAGCGGAGAUCCGACCGCAACUUUCAAGGACGAUAUCGAUAAUGCACGCGCGAUUAUCGCUCGCGAGAUCGACCAGAAACGCGAUGUUGUUGUCAUUGCGCAUUCUUAUGGCGGAAUGGUUGGCAACAGUGCCAUCAAAGGGUUCACGCAGCCGCGCAACAGCAUUCAACUAAACUCCUCACCCAAUGCUCCGUCUGAUACCGCCAAGGGUACAAUUGCGCCAGGCCAUAGGGAGGGACAUGUUGUGGGCCUAAUACUCAUUGCAUCCGGUUUUACUUUGACCGGCCUUGCAUUCAUGGACCCCUUCCUCGGGGUACCCCCGCCGUCGUGGCGUGUAAACAAAGAGACGGGUUUUGCUGAGCUUGUCGCGCAGCCUCGCGACUUGUUCUACCAUGAUUUACCAAUAGACGAAGCAAACUACUGGGUGUCGCAGCUCCAAUCCCAAAGUCUGAAAGCACUAUUCGAGGGCGGGCAAUACGCUUAUGCGGGCUGGAAAGAUGUUCGUACGUGGUAUAUUGGCACGACUGAGGAUCGUGGUCUACCUGUCUUCGCACAACGAAUGCAAGUAGGUAUGGCUAGGGCAAUGGGUGGUAUUGUAGAACAUAGGGAGUUGCGCACCAGCCAUUCACCGUUCUUAAGCCAACCAGAUAAGGUCUCUGAUAUUAUGAUCGAAGCUAUCGAUGAUUUCGUGGGCACCGCUCAAAAAACACGCAACCGUUCGUCAGAAAGGGAUAUACUGAUCCCCAAGAUGAAUCUUUGGAAACCCGGGACAUGGGCCCGAAUCGGGUUACCACUAGCUUGUGGAGCUUUGAUUGGAAGAGCUAUCCAAUUGUAUAGCUAUUGCAGGUCGAUAUUCAGGUCAUGGAUUUGAUUAAUCGAAAGUAUAGGUAUGUAUAGUAGGGAUUCGGAGGAAUUGCGCUUCCUUGCUGCUGCUUCCUCGCAAAUCUUUGCAUUUACUGUAG